UGCCCACGAGGAUGGUGGCGCGGCCCUAGGCCCAGGCUCCGCACCAUGACCUGCUGGCUGUGCGUCCUGAGCCUGCAGCUCCUGCUUCUGCCCGCCGCCCCGCCCCCGGCCGGCGGCUGCCCGGCCCGCUGCGAGUGCACAGCGCAGACGCGCGCCGUGGCCUGUCCCCGGCGCCGGCUGACCGCCGUGCCCGACGGCAUCCCGGCCGAGACGCGCCUGCUGGAGCUCAGCCGCAACCGCAUCCGCUGCCUGAACCCGGGCGACCUGGCCGCGCUGCCGCUGCUGGAGGAACUGGACCUGAGCGAGAACGUGAUCGCGCACGUGGAGCCGGGCGCCUUCGCCAACCUGCCGCGCCUGCGCGUCCUGCGCCUGCGCGGGAACCUGCUCAAGCUCAUCCCGCCCGGGGUCUUCACGCGCCUGGACAACCUCACGCUGCUGGACCUGAGCGAGAACAAGCUGGUCAUCCUCCUGGACUACACCUUCCAGGACCUGCGCAGCCUCCGCCAGCUGGAGGUGGGCGACAACCACCUGGUGUUCAUCUCGCGCCGGGCCUUCGCGGGGCUGCUGGCCCUCGAGGAGCUGACCCUCGAGCGCUGCAACCUCACGGCGCUGUCGGGAGAGUCUCUGGGCCACCUGCGGGGCCUGGGCGCCCUGCGGCUGCGGCACCUGGCCAUCGCCGCCCUGGAGGACCAGAAUUUCCGGAGGCUUCCGGGCCUGCUGCACCUGGAGAUCGACGACUGGCCGCUGCUGGAGGAGGUGGCCGCCGGCAGCCUGCAGGGUCUCAACCUGACCUCGCUGUCCGUCACGCACACCAACAUCACCGCCGUGCCGGCAGCCGCGCUCCGCCACCAGGCCCACCUCACCUGCCUCAACCUGUCCCACAACCCCAUCAGCACGGUGCCGCGCGGCUCCUUCCGCGACCUGGUCCGCCUGCGCGAGCUGCACCUGGCCGGCGCCCUGCUGGCCGUGGUGGAGCCGCAGGCCUUCCUGGGGCUGCGGCAGAUCCGCCUGCUCAACCUCUCCAACAACCUGCUGUCCACGCUGGAGGAGAGCACCUUCCACUCGGUCAACACGCUGGAGACGCUGCGCGUGGACGGGAACCCGCUGGCCUGCGACUGUCGCCUGCUCUGGAUCGUGCAGCGCCGGAAGACCCUCAACUUCGACGGGCGGCUGCCGGCCUGCGCCACCCCGGCCGAGGUCCGCGGCGACGCGCUGCGCAACCUGCCCGACUCGGUGCUCUUCGAGUACUUCGUGUGCCGCAAGCCCAAG